CACACUUUUAAAAUUAGUUUUGCACCUGCCUCUCUGCUCCAGACAUUGUAGUUGUGGAUCAUUAAUAUCGACCUAGAGCCUCAUGUUUGUUUCAGACUCUGGACAGGACUAUCUGCUCCCUGGAUGAUCUCUGAAGUUCUUUGUCCGCUAAGUAUUGUGAGCCAAACCUCUUUUCAACGUGCGCAAGGAUCUUGUUUUUACGCAUGGCUGCCAACCUUUGACAUUAUAUUCCGCAGCUCAAAUGUUGAUGAUGGGAUUAAAGGGCAGCACCAAGGGUUGUGAGGAGUCCCAGACCCGGGGUGCCUGCAGCAGUCAGGGCCAGGCACGGCCCCGUAAAUAACCGCACUGACAGCAUGCCCUCUUGGCCCAAUCUCUCGGAGUUCCUCUCCCAUAACUGCUGCUGGGAGGAGACCAUCAACGCAACAAGAACCGCUGAGCUGCCUCCUCUCAAUUAUUACUCUAUUCCCCUGCUCACGGGCAUCACCAUCGCCUGCACGCUCCUGUUUCUGGUCGGGGUGACAGGGAAUGUCAUGACAAUGUUGGUGGUCAGUAUGUACCGGGAUAUGCGCACCACCACCAACCUGUACCUGUGUAGCAUGGCCUUGUCAGACCUUCUCAUCUUCCUCUGCAUGCCACUGGACCUCUACCGUAUGUGGAGGUACAGGCCCUGGCGCUUUGGCGCCGCACUCUGCAAGCUCUUUCAGUUUGUCUCGGAGUCAUGCACUUACUCCACCAUCCUGAGCAUCACUGCUCUGUCAGUGGAGCGCUACCUGGCGAUCUGCUUCCCACUGCGCGCAAAGGCACUGGUUACCAAGAGGCGGGUUCGUGCCCUCAUUUUUGUUCUCUGGACAGUGUCUGUAAUGAGCGCAGGGCCCGUGUUUGUCAUGGUGGGAGUGGAGCGUGACAUGUCGCCACAUUUUAGCUCUGAAAUGAAUGAGACUGGCUACAUCCUGGAGCCCGGGGACACAAGGGAGUGUAAGAUCACGCACUUCGCAGUGGAGUCAGGCCUGAUGGGGGCCAUGGUGUGGCUGAGCUCUGUUUUCUUCUUCAUGCCGGUCUUCUGUCUCACAGUGCUCUACAGCCUCAUUGGUCGUCGGCUGUGGCAGAGACAUAGAGAGACAACCAUCAGCUCCCGUGUGGCACACCGAGACAAAAGCAACAGGCAGACCAUCAAGAUGCUGGUUGUGGUGGUGCUUGCCUUUGUCCUCUGCUGGUUGCCGUUCCAUGUGGGUCGCUACCUGCAGUUUCGCUCCCUUGACGCACCGUCCCCGCUGCUGUCUGUGGUGUCCGAGUACUGCAGCCUCGUGUCCGUGGUCCUCUUCUACCUGAGCGCCGCUAUCAACCCCAUCCUCUACAACACCAUGUCCUGGAAGUACCGGUGCGCAGCGGCACGUCUAUUCGGCCUGACAGACAGCCAGCCGCCCCGAAGCCGAACAGCCAGCACCCUGAAGGGAGACGGCUUGAACGGCUGGACGGAAUCCACAGUCAGCUUCUAAACGCCUUGAUAUAAUUAGAAACACUGUCAGUCAUGCGUUAAAAACAUUGACUUAAAGUCAUUAUUCCUGUCAACAAAAAAAACUGCUCUGUACAUGAGCGAGGCAAUUGUUUGACUAAAGAAACAGAGGAGGAGAAAAGUGGUAAUCACCAAAAAGCUGCAUGCCUCUAUCCACUUUGUAAACCUGCAUUCAUAUAAUUUCAAUUUCUGUUUGUUGGAUCGUCUCAGCAAGUGCCCUGAAGUAUUCAUCAACACACUCAGCAGCAUUUCAUAAGCUCGACUGGUGGAGUGCAAAAUACACACCAGCCAAAAGUGCUUUUAUUGAUCCAAAUGUGAACAUAGGUGCAUUCUUGCCCGUCUACCCUCACAUAAAUCAAUAUAAUAGACGUCUACAAUUGCCUUAUAUUGUAUUCAUACUCUGGAUGACAAGGAAAGCACUGUAGAACUUGUGGCACUGCUCUGUACUCCUUCAGAGGGGCAGAAGUGCACUGUGUGCGUGUGCGUGUGUGUGCGUGAGCUUGCAGGGGCAUAAGAGAGGCAGAUAGAAGUAUUUCAAAGUGUGUAUUGUAUGCCAGGUGUCAUGUUUUGAAAGGUUUUUUUCUGUGAUGUGAGCGUGUGAAUAUGUAAAAAUACUGUUAUGGAUGUUGUGACAUACUGAACGCCCUGUAUCUUGGAAAUUCAAGUCCAUGCUUUGUUGAUGCUGCCAAAGAGGGCCAAUCGAGAGUGGAGUCUGGUUCAUGGGAGCCACACUGCAGGUCGAUUUUAGGGUUGUUAGAUAAUAUACACAAUGCAAACAUUUUCAAGACAUUGUUACGUCACGACAUUUUGUAAUUAUACUCAUUCAAGCUGCAGGCUCUGGUCUAUUUUGAGAAAUCUUCAGAAGAAAGGACAAUUUACAUCAGUGUUUAAGCAGUUAUCAUAAAGUAACAAAUGUUUUAACAAGUAUAAGGCCCCGUCCACACAGAGACGAUAUCAGUUGAAUCCGCUAAUGUUCUCUAUCGACAGACGGUUAGUCCGAACGAGGCUGAAACGGAAACGCGGAUUCGGAGCCCGAAUCCGAUACACUUUGAUAACGGCUCCCAAAGUGGGUAGGUCUGAGGACGAAACGCUUGCGGCUCCGGGUGUACGCCCUAUCAUUCCCUGAAACGAUGACGCCAUAGCCCCGCCUCUCCCGCGUCAUUGCUGAUGCGUUUCGCAUACAGAUGUUAGUGCAAAAUCUACAGCUCCUCUACCACAACCAUCAGCAACAAGUGGACAUUCAUGUGUUUGUUUAUGCCUUAUGCCCAUGCUCGGGGGUUCUUAUUCGCUGCUUUUGGUGUAUUUUGUGGCGGAAGUACAGCGCCACUUACAGGCCCGGCAUAUGUACUACAGCGUCUCCAGCGUUUUUGUGUGGACGGACACGUUUCUUGAGCCGAUUCCGUGUGGAUGGAAGACUUUUUUGAAAACGACUUUGGUUCGUUUCCGUCUCCGUGUGGACGGGGCCUAAGUUUGGUUCCUAAGACAAAAGGAAAGUGAUUGGUGAUUAUUGUUGUCUGCUCAGCUUUCUAAGACUUGUGACCCGCUUUUCAAUUCACCACCAGGUGUGCUGAUAUCAGUAACCUGCGUAACUUACAUCAUUGUUUCUGCUCUGCGAGGACAAUGUGCUAAUCUGUGCAUCCAAUCAUAAAACACACAAAGCAAAUUGUUCAUUCAGUCACUUGUUUAGAAAUGUGUUUUUGUAUGUGAUGUUUGCAAUGUUCAUCUUUGGUAAAUUAUCGAAAUCAUCUGAAGUUAACUUGAUUUUUUACCAUCAAUGCUUACAUUUACAUUUGGCAUGAAUUGUUCCCCAAAACUGUUCAGUGUACACAUGCAGUGACAUCUUUAAUGUUUAAAUAUUGUCUUGUUUAUCGAUUUACCAAAUGUUUCAAAUGAAGAAUUGCAUGGGUGCUCAGUGGAACGUUUUGAUGGGUGACUUGCAUGAUGGUGUGCGAACUGUAAUAGAAAGAUGCUAAUGGGCCAAAUGUGAAAACCUAUACCAUCUACAAGGAGGUUUUGAAAAUAGAUUUUUGUUAAAAAAAUGUAUUUCAAUGUAUUCAACUGAUGGAAAUGUGAGUGAUAUCAUUUUGUAAAGUAAAUAAGUGAUGAUGUGCUUGUAAAUAGAUGCUCUGUGAUGUUAUACACUCGAUGCUCAGAUGGUUUCAGCAGAUCACCGCAGCAGCCUCCACCAAUCUGCACUGGGUUUCAAAACAUGGCCUCCUUUCUCUCAAGAAUGUAUCUGUUCAUAAAUGAGUGUACAUACUGAUG